GCACUUCAACAUGAGGAAUGUUGCUGUGUAAAACUGAUACUCGUGAAGGCACCAUAGCUCAUACACACAUGUUCAUGCCAUAGUCUUCCAGCCAGGAAGCAGGAAAUGCGGCUGGAAUCCAGGCUGUACGCAACAUUUUUAUAUAAAAAAUAGGUUAUUAAUUGAGAACAUGUCAUGCUGUAAAGGCAAGUAACAGAGAGACAUGACUAAUAUAAUUAUUGUUUAUAGUUGAUAGUGAAUAACAUUAUGUACCACUUCACAUUUUUGUUUGAUGUGACAUUCUUCAUUUAGCCAGCUAAGAUAACCAAUGGAUUUCCUCACUCUCUUCGCAAUAUAUGUGGUGCUUGUGGUUUCCUGUAUUCUUCUCGUUUGUAAAUGCUCUGGCCAACAGCAAACUCCUUUUGGGAGGAUUUUCAGCUCUCUUACUAAGAUAAUCUCACCCUGGGUUCCGCAAUGGUUUCAGCAAUAUUCCUACAAAACUGUGCACAAGUUGUUCCAUCAGCGGAACAGGCUAUUUGUUUAUCUCCACCUGUUUCUGGAGGGUGUAGUGUAUGCAGAAUUUUCGUACGAAGUUUUCGGUUACUGCAGGGAGAUGAAUACCUCCUUGGCCAGCCUGUGUGUGCCGUAUGUGUUACUGGCUGUGCAGUCCUACUUCUUCUAUCAGUGCUGCAGCAGAGACCCUGGUACAGUGACAAAGGAAAACCAUUUUGCCCAAGUUCAGGUGUACCAGUAUGACAGGAAUCUGUUCCACCCCGGGGUGUCCUGUCCCACGUGUCUUCUGGUGAAACCUGCCAGAUCCAAACACUGCCGUGUGUGCAACAGGUGUGUGCAACGAUUUGACCAUCACUGUGUCUGGAUCAACAACUGUGUUGGAGCUCAGAACAUCAGACACUUCCUGUUGUACCUGGUGUGCUUAUGUGCUAUGGCAAGUGACAUUGCAGUGCUGACUGCCGAUAUGUUGUUGAAUGUUGUACUUGCAUCUGGCCUUCUACAUGCUCACUAUGUUGACCAGCAGGGGGAACAACAGCCAGUGGGGCCAGUUUUCAUUAUACAACACCUUUUCCUGACGUUUCCCAGGAUCAUCUUCAUGCUUGGCUUCCUAGUUUUCUUAUUUAUGGUCCUGGCAGGAUAUGCAAUGUUCCACCUGUACCUGGCACUGGUGAAUCAAACCUCUAACGAGUGGUCCAAAAAUGGUGGGCAUGGCUGUCAACACUGCCAUCCCACAGCAGGGCAACAGUGCUCUGUGGGCCACGUUCAGUCAAGACACUUCUAUAGCCGGGGCUUCCUCAGGAACCUAGGAGAAAUCCUUUGGCCUCUCACUUACAGUGGCAAGAAACACAAAUAGCCAACUCUUAUCACACAAGUGUACCAUACUUUGAUUUUUAAACUUUUUGUACAAUGUAAACAUAUCAUUGGGUUUUUGAUUCCAUGGAAAAUAAACUAUUUCUGCCUUU